AUGCAAUCUAUAUUAAAAGAGAUAUCCUUUCUUGCAAAACGAAUUCAAGGAUUUGCAGACAUAACACAACAAUCACUCAUUGAGUUUUGGGAGGACAGAUGGAUUGGUGUUAAUAGUCUAUCAAGUUUAUUUCCAUCCUUAUACAGUUUAAUCUUUUCCAGCAAUGUCUCCAUUCGUAGUCAAGGACACUACCUCAAUAAUCUAUGGCAUUGGCAUCCUCUAUUGAAACGAAGCAUUACAACUGAUUCUCAAUAUGACAAAUUUCAUCUCUUGAAUCUUAUCAAUCAACAAAGUAUCACUAAUCAGCCUGAUAACCCUAGAUGGUCUCUUACAGCAAAUGGCUCUUUUACUGUUAAAUCAUUUUAUGAUUUCCUGAACUCUAGAGGGAUCAAAUAUGCUUUCUACAAAGUGGCGUGGAAUCUCAUUCUACCAAGCAAGAUACAAAUUUUCACUUGGCUUUUAUCUUUGAACCGCCUACAUACCAAAGAUAAUCUCAUCAAGAAAGGGUGGCAAGGUGAUUCAAACUAUAUUUUUUGUGGUACACAGGCUGAAACUAAAAAUCACAUCUUCUUCUCAUGCAAUACAGCUAAGUCAAUCUGGAUUCAUUUUGGUAACUAUUUUCUACCAUUCAUUUGGCCAUCAUCUCUUGAAGAACUUCUGAUUUCUGUUACAUCUCUACGUAAACUGGAAGGCAUUAUAUGGCGCACUCUUUUCUCUGCAGUCUGCUGGUCUAUAUGGAUUUCAAGAAAUAAGUUUAUCUUUGAACAAAAAUCUUUCUCUGCUGAAUCAAUUAUUAACCUUUCAAUUCUUGCUUUGCAAGACUGGGCAGGAUCGGGAACAAGGAAGGAAGCUGUUCAGUUAGCAAAAAUAUUGGAAGACAAGCCAAUCCCACGUUGCAGCGGCUAA